AGAUUAAUGCCUUAAACUCGUCUCGUUUGAGUAAAAUAUAUAUACUACUGAGACUCGUUUUCCUCGAGCACUUCGUGCGCAAAGUAACGAUACCCUUACACGCACAAACGGUGUGUAAUAUGCGCGUAAAAGUAUAUAAUAGAUAGAAGUUGGAGGUUAUUAUAAUCACACGAUCCAAGAAACGAAAGAAACAAGAUGCGUAACAUGAAGCUAUAAUUUCAGGGAAAAAUUCUGCUCCAAUGAAGUGGAUUGUAAUAUUAACAACCUGGAUAUUCAUGAAAACUUCUAUCGUGGUUCAAGAAGAUGACAAAGGACAAAAGUAGAAAAACAAUGAUCUCCUUUUGUUGGAAAUAAUAUACAUACAUAAGUGACAUGUACAAAUUUCAAUAAAUCAGUUGACGAGAAACUAAUAACAUGAACGGUAGCAUUGUUGGGAUUUACUGAAACCAAAGGAAUAUUCGUUUGUCCGUUGCAACUGAAAAAUCGGCACUGUGUUAAGAUCGAUUGCUGCCGCUAGAAUGACACAACGCACUUCAUUUUUCCGGAUACAUGUUUAGGAGUAAUCUUCUUGCUCGCUGUCAGCCUGCUGCAUUGAAGCCAUCUGUGCGACUGCCUGUAGCUGUUGCCACUGUUGUUGUUCAGCGACUGCUUGUUCUUCUCGUGCUUUAGCAAACAAUUCUUGUUGCUGUCUUAAAAGCUCUUCUUCCGGAAUUCCUAAGUUUUCUAACCUAGUGCUCUGACGUCUCCGUUUAGCUGCGACAGCCUUACAGUCUCGCAGAACCGCCUCCGCUUCUGCACUAUAGUCUCCGAAACCAAGUUUCUCCAGUGCCUGGAGAACAUGCUCAGCGUUUAUGGUUUUCUUUUGCUGCUGAUUGCAAAUUUCAUUGGCUUCAGAGGAAAGUAGAUGAAUGAACUCCGUGCAACAAUUCAGUAUUAACUCUCGAGACUCGUUGGCCACGCGCACGUGCGGCAAGAUCUCUUUGAUCAUUUUAUUAAUUGACGCACGGGGUAAGGUCAGCUCGUCAUCCUCAGUUGGUGAUAUAGUGGCCGAGGCCAUGUCCUUUCUGUAACAUUUAAACGCAACUUCCUUAUUUUCUGAAUUAUUUACCGCUUCAUCUUGGGGCAUACUUUACUCAACAACUUGCUGACCAGUGAAUCUGUUUGCAGGAAACAUCUUUCAACUUUAAUAUACGUACUUCACUCACAUAUAAUAUGCUAAAAUCAUUUAACACGUUGAGUGCCACGAGAAACAUCAGCGUUUUACGUACCACUUACACUUUCGUAACAAAGAUAAAUAGGAAUAAUUAUUAAUUAUUUGCUACUACAAUUCUUACGUUACAAUAUUAUCUAGUUAUUUACGUCAUUGAAUAUUUUUAUUCGACGUCAGUUGUCUUAUGAAUUAUAAUUGUUUUCAAGUUAUUUCAAAGCUUCGGUCACGUAAGUUCGUGCCGCAGUAUGUUAAUACUUCUCACAUUACGUUUUGUAAUUACAGAGCGACACGAGUUUGAACUGCUUCUGUCUCGUCAGUAGAAGAUAUUCAACAGCGACAGGCAUAAAUUAAUAUAAGUCCAAAUACAAUGAAAUCCACGAACAACUAGGACCAAUAGACACAAGUACACUUGUGACCAAUCAGCAAGAUGUUAAGUACCAAGUUAAUAAUGCGUGCAAGACUAAAGCGUAAGCAACUACCAAUUUGUCUAUAUGACAAUGUGUAAACGAUAAGGCACGUUAAAAGCGUUUUAAAACUCAGUGCUCGAGUAAGGCUUUGUUUCUUUUGUGAAUAGAGGGGAGAAGGAGCCCUGUUCUCUGCACUAUCAUGGAUAAUGCAAAAACCUUCUCGCUUGUUUGAAAGUAACACUUUAAACUAUCUUGUAACGCCUUACUUGCGUCUAAAUGUUCUGGCGAUUGUUGGCCACUUGAACAUCUAGAGCUUAUCGUGUCUUAUCGCAUUUUUCCAAGAGAUCAUCACCUGCUUUUCCCCCCACGAUUAUUAAUCCGAUAUAUUGCGCACAGAAAUGUACUUAUAAUGUCGUGAGAACGUACCGUUCAAGUUAUCUACCGCAAUCGAAUCGGAAUUACUAUACGCAAUAUCGUUUCGUUCACACACAUCGUAACUUGAAAAUGAAAUGUUAACGAGAAUUCGCUUGCUACGAAUAUACUGUUGUACGGUUAUUGUUUUGCUCAGUUCAUGUGGUGGCCAAUGCGCGAAAAAUGGAGUCGAGUUUGCGGGUGCUGUGCGAAACUUGAGUGCAACCGUGCUGCAAGAUGAGAAGUAUUCAAACAAUGUGUAUAAAUUCCUUAAAUUGAAUGUGUCUUGGCUGCCUCCGGAUAGUGUUAGACAACCAUCGUCCUAUAGCAUUAUAAUUACAGAUGCUCAAACAGAGAAGAGCUUGACGACUGUUUCGAACAUUACUUUACCAGAAUGUCCAGAGCUUACGAUGAUUCACGUGCUAGAAAACGUAAUGUACGAGAAGCAACAUUACGUGCUGUUACCGGAAAACAGCAUGUCAGCUGAUGUACCCGAUUCGUACAUACAAUCCAAUUGUUCAUACAAAGUAAAAGUUAUUGCAAAUCCAAGAACGAAAUAUAGCGCAAAACCGGCCGAAAUUCUCUAUACCGUUCCAGAAUGCAUUGGUAAUAAAUGCAGCUGCGUUAAUGCCAAGUCAACACUGCCUACUCCAGCAAUAAAUGUUACUCAAAGAGAAAACGAGGUGGUUGUAAAUUGGAAUGUAUCUUCCAAUAUUUCCAAUGUUCAUUAUUAUGUAAUUAGUAUUGGUGUACCUUUGUUCACCACGAAAAAGGGGCUACUAGUUUAUAACGAAACAAAAAUAAAAAAUGUAACUGCAGAUACAACUGGUUUUGUAUGGAAUACAAAAUCCAACGGCCAUUACGUAGACUUAAAAAAUGAUUACAAGGUGAUAGUUACUGCUGUAAAUGACCAUGGUUGUUCCGGAGCAGAUGGAACUUACAUAAUACAUUCUACAUCAUCAAACACUACAGAAACCACAGAUCAGAGCUCGCAGUGGUUGAUAAUCAUUAUUAUAAUGGGAAUUUGUUGUAUAUUCUUUGGUAUUUUUAAUUACUUUAUACUGUUCCACACUAAUAGUUACUGUGCGACAUAUUACAAGAAUAAUCAUCGAAUACACAAGCUUUCCAAAUGUAAAUCUCGAUGGGCAGAAACAAUUCUUCAACAGCAUAAUAUUUUAUACUUUGUACCAGAGUCUGAGGAGGAACGAAAAGGGGAAGCAGAUACAUUACAGGUGCCAUUUAAAAGUGUGAAACUCAUACGUGAAUUGGGUAAUGGACAUUUUGGCAAAGUAUAUCUUGGUCAUUUGGAUGAUGCUAACAAUACUGUGGUUGCUGUAAAAAUGUCGCAAAACGUUAACGCUUCCAUCGAAUUAGAGGUCCGUCAACAAUUCUUAGAAGAAAUUGAAAUAAUGAAAAAAGCAGGAACUCAUCCCCAUUUGGUUAGCCUCGUUGGCUAUUGUGUUCAACCGAACAAACCAAUAUGUAUUCUCCUUGAAUACAUGCAAGGUGGAGAUCUCUUAACUUAUUUGCAUCUUAAACGAAAAAAUUAUGCAAAGACACACAUAACAAAAGCUGAACAUAAUACUCUUAUAUACUCAUCUAAAUCAAGUCCAAUUUCAAAAUCUAUGUAUAUAAAUUCGAGUUCUAUCAUAUCCAAACAAGAAAGUGUUAUAAGACAACCCAUCCUACCAAUAUAUCUAAAUGUUUCUAAUGACAACUGGGAACAAGAAAAGAGAAACAAUAAAUAUCUACAGGAAAAUUGGUUAAACGAAGCGGAAUUACAUCAAUUUUUAAAGUUCGCUACGGAGAUUGCCACAGGUAUGGAAUAUUUGGAAAGCAAAAAAAUUGUUCAUAGAGAUUUAGCGGCAAGGAACAUUCUCCUUGGGGCAGACUUAACUCUAAAGAUCUCUGAUUUCGGACUUUCACGCAGUGGUGUAUACGUAAUAAAACACGACAAAAGUAAAACUCGUCAUCUUCCUAUAAGGUGGAUGUCACCAGAGGCUUUACGUGACCGCUCAUUCACCUCGAAAAGCGAUGUAUGGGCUUUCGGAGUGGUACUCUGGGAAAUCGGCACGUUCGGCUCUUUCCCUUACUCGAAUGUACAGGAUGAUCGCUUGUUACGUUACAUAGUCAACGAAGGUGGCCGCUUGGAACAACCCGAUUAUGUUUCCCCUAAUAUUUAUGGUAUAAUGCGUUCAUGCUGGAUCACGGAAGCCGAAAGUAGACCCAAUUUCACUCAGCUACUUUUAGAACUGCGAAACUUAACGAACACGUUCAUCUCCCAACGAUCGGCAUCUAACCCCUGUUACACUCUGUCACUUUGAAAAAAAAAUAAAUAUCGAAAACAAAAAUCAUGCGAAUGUUUAGUAUGCGAGUGCGCCUACACGAAAACAGUGCGAAGCAACGCAAUAUCGCUUGCUUUAAACAAAUUUAAAUUUUCACUUACAAAUCACUCUUAACGGAAGAUGAUCGAAAUUUUUCAACGUCAAGAAUUAAUACACUUUCUCUAUAUUAAAGCUGAUUAAUUUCCUUUGGCACUGAGAGCAUUACGUCUUGUAUAUACAACAUAUGAAAACAGUUAAAUCAUAAACGAGGGACAACAUAGGUUUGACAUGUUAUAAGAUUUCGUGUCUAAUGCUCUGUACUACCGAUCGUGUGAAAGGAACAGUUCUGCUGUAUUCUCUCCAACCAGAAACGAGGCAUAGGAUAGAUAUACAUACAAUGUAAAAUCUUGUCAUACUGUCAUGUUGACUUCGGCUGACUAUGCAUAGCAGCACUAUAGGUGGUAGGAAAAAGAAUUAAAAACAUUGAAACAUAAACUUAACCCCUUACCAUACCAUUUAACCGGGAAAAAUUCGGGCCAUAAUUAUAGCAACCGAUAUCUCACUCGUGCUGUCACCUCAAAUUAGAUUCGUAAUAUUUAUGUCCGGUUCAAAAUUUUAAUCACGAGUCAAACUCAAUGUAAAUAAAACCGAAGAACUAAGGCUACCGGAGAGAAUGUGUGUAUACAAGAGGUGCGAACUUAGAAUUACACUUAAAAACUACGUCAGAAAUGUCUCAAUCAACCCUUAGUCCCACACCUUUUCCCCAAAACCGCGGUUCGUUAUUAGCUGGUAUUUUAUGUACCCUUGCCUACACUUAUUUUUCACUCUAAAGCGAAUUUUCUCAUUCUUUAUGUAACACUAAUAUUUCUGCAUUUGGGCUUUUCCCCUUUUUUCACCUAUCUGAUCGUCCCUUGAAAAAGGCUCUCUUUCCCAUUUCCUGCAUAAUGACAUGUUUAUGCAUCCGAGAUAACUCCCCUGAAUUUCCCUCACGGUCCCUCCUGCUCUCCUACUUACCCCUACCCCCGAUUUUUCCACCAAAACCUUCUUAUAAAAAGAGGACUCAAGCAACACCAAAACAGUCCUUUUACCCUGAAAUCGUACCUCAAGACGUCAACAACCCGCAAAUCCCAGCACUCACGACGCUCAAACUCCCUAUAACAUCCAAGAUAAAUUCAGGUAAAAGGGUACAGAUCUCAGGAAAUGGAUAUCCCACUUAAGGGAAAACAGAUAAUAAAUAAAAAAAAACACCAAAACAGUAUUCUAUCGUCACUCUGCCAGUACUAUACACUCCUGUAAGCAUUAUUGUAACAUCUAACCAACAUAGAAUAAAAGU